UGCGUGGCGUACUUCGGCGCGUCGGCGCGCGCGUCGCUGCCUGGGCGCGUGGCGGUGGCGGAGCUGCAGCCGUUCCCGGGGCUGCCGCCGGGGGCGCCCGCGACGCGGCGCGUGGCGGUGCCCGCGGGCAGCACGGUGGCGCUGCGCUGGCGCGUGCCGCACGGCGCGCCGCCGCCGGUCCUCGAGUUCGCGCGCGACGGACGGCGCAUCGCGGAGUCGGACCCGCGCGCGCGCGUGCUGGAGGCGUCGGGGGCGCUGCUGCUGGUGAACGUGACGGCCGCCGACGCCGCCCUCUACACGGCCGCCGCCUCCAACUACCUGACGGGCCAGCGGGUAGGCGCGCCCGACGCCGUGCGCGUGGACGUGCUGCCGGGCGACGGGCCCGACCUGCCACCCGCGCUGCUCGACCCGCCGCCCAUCGACACCUACAACGUCUCCAUC